CACCUUACAACUUGUAAACACAAGUGAGGUGAUAAGGGGGUGUUAGACUGAAUGGCCGCCAUUGCUGUCUGAUAUAUAUUAGAUAUCAGCCAUGGACCCCCGUACCAGUGCCCAGGACGUGAUGCGAUGUGACCUGUGUGAGACCGCUGUGGUACAGAUGCACUGUGAUACAUGUCUUGUCAACCUGUGUAAGUCCUGUGUGGGAGAACACAUCUCAAAAGAUGAAUCCAAGGACCACAAGGUCGUCAAAUUUCAGUUCAGGAAAUCUACCCCCCUCUACCCUGGGUGUAAUCAUCAUGUCAAAGAACGAUGUGAAAUGUACUGUAAUCAAUGUGACAUUCCUGUGUGUGUUUACUGCAUUACAUCUGAUCAACAUCAAGGUCAUAAAAUAUUACCAGUAAUGCAGGUUUGUGAAGAAAUGAAAGACAAGACAAUCAAAGAGAGAAAUGAACUAAAUGAAACAAUUUAUCCCACCUAUCAGGACAUUGCCUCUGAUGUACAAAACAGAAUGAGUCAGUUAGAAAAGGAAUAUGGAGAUCUCUCAACAGCCAUAACAAAACAUGGAGAGGACUGGCACAGAGAAAUUGACAAACUUGUCGAGAAACUUAAAGCUGAAGUUGAUGAGAUGAAAAACACACAGUUACAAACUCUACAGAAACAUCUGGAUGAAAUAAACAAGACAAUGUCUGACAUCAAGGAUGAAAUUGAUUCGGUUGAAAUGGUUAUAGACACUAAUGACUUGUCAAAACUAUUUAGUGUUGAAUCCAGUAUACAUGCAUACAGACGGCUUCCACACAAAAUUAUGCCAUCCCUACCUAAAUUCAUUCCAGGAAAAUUCGAAGUAGAUGAAGUCAGUAAAUUGUUUGCAUCCUUAUCAUCAAGUUCUUUAACAUCAGAUAAACAUGGCUACAGCAUGAAGACAACACAGAAAUCACCAGAAGCUGGAUCCUCUCCUCCAGUCAAACAGCUGCUUGAUGAACCAGAGACUGUCACCACCAUACACACUGGGUAUGGACACCUUUACAAUGUUUCGUGUCUGAGUGAUGAAGAAAUCUGGACAAGGGGAAAUGACAAAACCAUGAAACUCUACAGCAUCAAUCAGGGAUCACUACUUAAGUCAAUCACAACCAAGUCAGGGAACAAACCAUAUGACAUAGCAGUGACACAAAGUGGAGAUCUAGUUUAUACUGAUAAAAGUGAUAGAACUGUGAACAUUGUGAAGAAUGAGAAGAUAGAGGAGGUGAUCAGACUACAGAACUGGAUACCUCGCGGUGUCUGUAGUACCUCCUCUGGUGACCUUCUGGUUAUCAUGGACAGUGAUGAUUUCAAACAAACAAAAGUUGUCCGUUACUCUGGCUCCACAGAGAAACAAACCAUUCAGUUUGACGAUCAAGAUAAACCUCUAUAUUUGUCUGGUCUUUAUAACAGAUACAUAACUGAGAACAGGAACCUUGAUAUCUGUGUGUCUGACAGUCAAGCUGAAGCAGUAGUGGUGGUCAAUCAGGCCGGGAAACUGAGAUUCAGGUACACUGGACAUACUCCUGCUCCAAAGAACGAACCAUUCAAUCUACGAGGAAUCACCACAGACAGUCAGAGUCACAUCCUUACAGCUGAUCAUUUGAAUGACUGUGUCCACAUCAUAGACCAGAAUGGACAGUUCCUCCGUUACAUAGACUCUGGACUGAGUGAACCCUGGGGACUGUGUACAGAUACAAAUGACAAUCUGUUUGUUGCUCACACCAAAAAUAAGACAGAAGUAAUUAUCAAGAUUAAGUACAUGCACAUUAAGUAAACUAUGAUUUACAAUGAAGAUGCAUAUAUAUUAUAACAUGUAGUACGUCACAUUUGGACAGGUAAUAA